UAGUGGUACCCGGCAGUACUGAAAACUCAUUAUGCAAGAUGCGACAGCCAAUCAGGGCACGCCUGCCCCUAUAUAGGACCCAUGAGCCCAGAGAACACCUUCCAUUUUUAUUCAGCAAAUGCUUGUUGAGUUGUUGAGUACUCUACUUCAACCUGACAAUUUUUUUUACCAUCGACGUCCUUUAGCUCGGUGUCUCAACAUGAAGAAAUGUUUCGCCGUGGCGCCGACCUGUCUCCAGACCGGGACUCCCGUCGUCACGUGACGUUGAAGAGGUAGCGGCUAAUCUGAAAGCUGUCCUCCUCCUUAACCAGGCCCAGACGAUCUGCGCCGGGCGCACAGUGGCUUCUGCGGUGGUCGGACACCGUCAUCUGCGGCUGUCUCUCUCCUCCUAUGCGAGGCCGAUCGCGCACCCCUCCUCACCCCUCUCCCAGAAGGGCUUAUUUGGCGACGCCGUUCACACGGCCAUAGCGUCUUUCAAGAAAGCUGACGAGGGACGGAAGGAGGCCCCACGACCCUCUUCCCAUCACCCGGGCUCUUCUGCUAACGACGCCAGCGCCGUCACGUCUCCUGCCACUGCUUCUGCUGCUGCCUCGGCUCCUCCUCCUGCUGCCGCGGCUCCUGCUCCUCCUUCCGUGCGACGCAAACAAUCCGCUCCCAGACUGGACGUUCCAUGGCCGACUAAGAAGCCCAGACCGUCCUGACUAGGCGUGGUGCGGGCUAUGAUUGGCAACAUUUCCCUCGCGGCCCCCUCCUCUUCCUCCAUCAGCGGAGUAUGGGCCGAGUCCGACGGCGUUGCAGAUUCGGCCCGACAAUCUUUAUAUUUCAAUAAAGCUAAACGUUACUCUGGCGUUUGUUGUGCUUUUGUGCAGACUCAGGCGGUGUCUGAGCCUGUUGAGUCACUUGUUACUUUCACAUGCCCUAGUUUGCCUCCAUCGGUGUCUAAUAAAGACUCAGUGAACGCUCUCUCGGUCUCUAUGCCGGCCCCGUUGGAUAUGAGCAGUGGCGCGAAUGAGCGGCUUUUCCCUCAUUCUCGCCCUGCAGCUGAUAGGUUUUCUAAUGUGUUUGAUUGUGCAUGCUCUAUUCCUUUCCCUAUGCAGUGUAAGAGUUACGUUAGCUACGUUCAGGGUAGUGCGGGUUUUCGGGGAGUUAGAGGUAUAACUACUCUCCCCCUUCUACCCGCCACCUCUAAUAGACAUAAGCGCCGGCUAGCGGUUUCAGAUGCGUCUCUUAUUCCGCUGCCCGGCAGGAUUGUGUUUACAUUCACUCGCAGUCAGGGAAACGUUUGCGUAUGCAAAUGCUGGUUUCAUCUCUCUCCCGCCACUCGCGGGUUACCGAGCGUCCUGACAUUUCACCGGUUGUUACAGACGUAACCGUGGUGGCUUCUCAUCCCGCUUGCUAUGACGAGAUCAAACGCCAGGUAACACCGCCGGCUUUCGCCUCCGUCUCGCUACCUGCUCUUUCUGAUCAUCCCAGCCCCGUCUGCCCUACUCGGCAUCUCAUUGGCAACACGUCCCCACGCAGGAUGCAACGUCUGCAAAUGUCGUCAGGGAAUCACGUGCUUUGCCUUGAUUCUAUCCUUCUUUAUCACUGUAGGACCCGGAGACUUGUUGGCUUAGGGUUAUUGUGGCCGCCUACCCACACGCUUGGGGUAGGUUCGCAUCCUACCUGGAGUGUAACCUAUCUUUUAAUACUAUUUUAUAUUCUCAUGCCUCUCAUCUCGUGAUGUGUGGUGCCAUGUGUAUUUUCGGUUGUGCUUGUGUGGAACGGAUACGUUUCCCUCUCGCUUGAGCUCAACAUCCUUUCUCCCUGGGUUGGCCUAUGUUUUCGUGGGCCUACACUAAGGGGGAUUCCAUCAUUACGCAUUCGAUCAUCCCUUUCUGACCGUGUCAGCUGUCGGGGAUGUUUUCGUCUUGGGGUUUUUGAGGAAGGUUUUUACUGGACCCUGCGAACGUACUGGUGUUCCGGCAGGGAGUACAUCUUUGUCUCGCACGCUCCGCCGUGAACCACUAGGAGCUAAAUCCCCUCUAGGGGGCGGAGCUCCACGACAUAUAACUGUUGCCCUGCCUUCCUACGAGUCAUGCUGAAUAAUCUCGGGAGGGUGUUCUCUGGGCCCACGGGUCCUAUAUAGGGGCUGGCGUGCCCUGAUUGUCUGUCGAAUCUUGCAUAAUGAGUUUUCAGUACGGCUGCGGACGCGGCCAGGGUAAACCGCUAGUUCCUAUCAUUGCAACCCACAGCCAUGGCAGUGGGGAUAGUCAUGACACCGCCAGAUAUGUAACUAAUGACAUGUAUAAGAGCUAUUGUCGGAUAUUUUAAAUGGAAAUUGAUGCAUGAGGCAUAAGAUUCGAUAGCCAUAGCGAUAUUUAGACCUAAUCAGGUUACAGAUUGCUUUUUAAAUGUCAUUAUCCACUGGAUUACCAGCGCCCUUAGAGCAAACGUCUCACAUUUUGAAAUUAUGUAAUUGCUAACUUUAAACUGAAGAAUCGAUUUACAAUCUCCAAAGCCAAUUUAGGUAGAGACACGUACGUUCUGCAAAAAAUACCGAGGCGUUAUCUGGGCGAAAUCUUGAUCUGGCCUGAAAGAUAAUGCCUUCAAAUUACUUAUAUAUACAAAAGAGCAGUUGAGUUCCCUGCUACCUGAUUGGUGCUGAGGAUGCUUAGGUGUCAAUGCUCACCGUCACUCUUUCAGACAGCGGGCAGGUGAGACAAGGCUGGGGACUCCCAUUGUGGAGUCCCAAGCUUGUAGAUCGACAGUAUCUCUCGAAGCCAGUACGUGGUGAUGACCGAAGAGCCCUAUUUAACAGCGCCCAAGGAAGUUAGAAAAUUUACCAAAGGAAACCUCAGGAAUGUCGCAAGAGAUUUUUAUUCAGAUGAAGAAACUGUCGGAGAGGACAAACGUAGCAGAAAUCGAAGACCUGCCUUCGGCCUAACAUUGCCAAUAGACGUUGAAUCUGGAAGAAGAAAACCAGCCCUUGUGAGAUCAAAGACAUUUGACCACUCGCUACUGUCACAAAAUCAGAGUGAUGGUGAAACAAAAGCUCAAAGGAAGAAAUCACAGUAUAAUCAGCUCUCUAAGACCAAUUCUCAGUACCACAAAAUGUUCAAAGAGAUCAGCAAGGAUGAACUGCUAAGACAAAGUUACACCUGUGCCUUACAAAAAGACAUGCUUUAUCAGGGGAGACUGUUCGUCUCUGAUAACUGGAUCUGUUUUCAUUCUAAAGUGUUUGGCAAAGACACCAAGAUCGCAAUCCCAGUGCUCUCGGUUUCCAUGAUCAAAAAAACUAAAACUGCCAUUUUAGUGCCAAAUGCGCUAGUUAUUGCCACCACUAAUGACCGGUAUGUUUUUGUUUCAUUCCUCUCAAGAGACACAACGUAUAAAUUCUUGAUGGAUAUGUGUUUCCAUUUGAAGGAGAAGAGUCCUGGAAGUAGCCCCAUUCCGUCAUCUGUUGAGAGCAGCUUUAGAGCUGAGCGUCCUUCACAUUUUCCUCUGAAUAGUGUUAACUUCUCAGCAGAUUUCUGUGACUUGGACGGAGCCGUGAGACCAAGAGAGGAUUGGCAUGAGAGCAGUAGUUCAGACUCCCAGGCCCCUGACUAUGAGAAGAUAGCAGAAUUCCCCAACCUUCCUCCACCAUUCCUGGGAGAUGUUCUUGGGGAUGUUCCAGUCCUCACAGACAUUAAUCUUCAGCAGCUUCCAGACACCAAUCAGGAGAUGGAUUUCAGUAGUGUCUUUAUUUUAGGUUCGUCAAAGACUGCAGAGGUUGUAUGCAUCAAGAGAACACAAAUGCCUGUGUCUCUAAAUAAUGUGCUGUUCAUCUAUUUAUCCCUAGUAUGUGUCCUUGUUUUGUCUUCGUGUUACAUGGCCUUCAAGAUCAUUUCUCUGGAGCAGAAAUUGACCACUCUGGGUGCCUUGACCAAAUUUUCCCAUCUUGAAAAUGAAUAUCUCCGGACACAUCCUGAUGUCAAUGCUGGAAUCUAUUCAGAGUUAACACUAAAUUUAAUGAAACUGGAAAAGGUCCAGAGAAACCUACAGAGACUACUGAAGGAGGCUGAGUGAGGACAGGUCACAUAAACUAUGCAUCUGUAGUGGACCAAGGGCUCGUGUAACAGCUGACGACCACAAGAAGCUCAAAAGGAAACAUGAGCUUCAACUAGUUUAGCCUGUCAUCUUACAUAAUAUGAUAUGUCUGUAGAUGUACAAUAAUUUAAUUAAAGUAAAAGAUAAUCAUAAAAAAUAAUUGUAUUCAGUGCAACACAAAAUGUAUUUAAAUUGUUCCCUGAAAGUUGACUAGUUAAAUAUACUUGAAUAUAUUAGACUCUCCUUCUGUCCUUGUGCUAAUGAUUUAGCAAACUGCACGCAAGCAAUGUGAUCAUGUAAAAACAGGAUUUACUUUCUGUUUGUUUGUCUGUGGUCAUAUAAACAGUGAGUGUCAUUAUUUACUGACUGAUUAAUAAUUAAUCUGAGUAACAAAGUAAAACAUGAAAUAAAGAUUGUCUGGUAUAAUGAUUUCUCCAUCAGAGUAUGUGCAAGAUAAAACAGGGCACAGUUUUAUUUAGGGAGCUGUGGUGUGGCAAAAGUGCCAACAUUAUAUGUUGUGUUACUCAGUUGGUAAAGCAUGGGUCUCUUCAUUCUGAGUUUCAUUAUUGUUAAAUGCCAUUCAUACAAAACUAUGAACUCACUAAUCUAGAUAAAAGCAUCUUGGAAAUUGCAUUUAUUAUUUACAAAAUGAAUUUGAUCCAAUUAUAAUAAGUGCUGUCCUACAGAUUUACCGAAGUGUCUGUAUUGUGAUAAUCAUGUAAAAUAACCAACAUUUGUUUUCAAAUAAACUGAUUUUAGUUA